AUGCGUCUCUCGCCAGCAUGGUACCAGUUCCUGGUUGGCGUCUUUGCCUCUCUUGGAUCAUUCCUUUAUGGAUAUGAUCUGGGUGUCAUCGCCGAGGUGCUUGUCUGUCAAUCAUUUAAAGCAAAGUUUGAGGCAAAUGAUACUCAAACAGGUUUAAUUGUGUCUCUGUUCACAGCUGGCGCAUGCGUCGGUGCUGGCUUUGCGGGUCCCAGUGGCGAUUAUUUAGGUAGACGACGGACCAUCUCGUUGGGAUGUCUUAUCUUCACCCUCGGAGGUGGUCUUCAAACCGGUGCGAGAACAAUUGCCUACCUAUACAGUGGACGAUUCCUGGCCGGGUUAGGCGUCGGUUUCCUCACGAUGAUGAUUCCUCUCUACCAAGCCGAGAUCUGUCACCCCAGCAUCCGUGGUAGAGUGACGGCCUUGCAGCAAUUUAUGCUAGGUAUUGGAGCGCUGUGUGCCGGAUGGAUUGGCUACGGAACGUACACCGGCUUUUCGCCGGAUAACAAUGCACAAUGGCAACUUCCUCUCGGUUUGCAGAUUGGUCCUGCGGUGUUCUUGGGUCUUUUGAUCUCUUUCUUCCCUGAGUCGCCUCGCUGGCUCAUCGACAACAACCGAGCCGAAGAGGGAUUGCGUACAUUGGCCAAGCUUCAUGCCCAUGGGGAUGAAAAUGAUACUUGGGUCCAGGCCGAAUUUGCCCAGAUUCAAGAGAGCAUCACAUUUGAACACGAGAACGAGGCAAAGUCAUAUGUGGAGCUGUUGACAAAUCGCCCCUCGUUCCGUCGGUUGUUCCUUUGCUGUGCAUUGCAAGCAUCGGGCCAGAUGACCGGUGUAUCCGCCAUUCAAUACUACUCGCCCACAAUUUACGGCCAAAUCGGUAUCUCCAACGAAGACACAUUGAAGUACCAGGCAAUCAACUCCAUCAUCGCAUUGAUCGGACAGUUCCUGUGCAUGAUGUACAUUGAUCGCUUCGGUCGUCGCUGGACUCUGAUCGGUGGUAAUCUCGGCAACAUGGUGACCUUUAUCGUUGCAACCGUGCUGCUCGCACAGUUCCCUCCAACAAGCAACAACACCGGCGCGCAUUGGGGAUUCAUCAUCAUGACUUGGCUGUACAAUUUCUCGUUCUCGGCAACCUGCGGUCCUUUGACUUGGAUUAUCCCAGCCGAGGUGUUCGAUACUCGCACACGUGCCAAGGGUGUCUCGAUUGCCACGAUGAUUUCUUACGCUUUCAACACAAUGAUCGGUCAGGUCACACCCAUUGCAAUGACGAAUAUUGGGUAUCGCUAUUACUACCUAUUUGUCGUCUGUAACUUCACCAAUGCGCUCUUCUUCUGGCUCUUGCUUCCGGAGACAAAGCGCGUGCCUCUCGAGGAAAUGAACCAAAUGUUCACAAAUGCACCAUGGAUUGUGCCUGGAAGUCGCAAGGAAGACUAUAUGACUCAUGAUCUGGAGCGCAAGGUCGAGGCGCAGGAGGUGAAGCAAAAUGCGGUCCAUGUUGAGUAG